AUGUUAAAAAGAUCUUCCUGUAGCCAGAACCUUGAAAUUCUUUAUUCAGGAAUCCAGAUGACUGAAGAGCAUUACAAAAAUGGAUUAAAAAUAUCAUCAGCUGUUCCAGUUAUCAAAUUGCUGAACCCCUCUGCAGAAUACAGCGUGGUGCCGGGCACAGGUAAUGUCCUGGUUGCCAAGGAUGUCUUCCACGGGCUGCAGGACCUCAGCUGCCAGAAACUGGAGCUUCAAGGCAAUGGGACCUUCUUUGAGAUUUAUGGGAGUGAAGUGUUUGACCUCUUGAACUGGAAGAUGCAGCUGAGAGUCCUUGGAGGUGGUAAACAGCAGAUCCACGUGGUGGGGCUGUGGGAGGAAGAAGUCACCAGCGUGGAAGACGUCAUCAAGCUAAUUGAUAAGGGCAGCAAGUGUCGCACAUCGGUCAAGACCUCUGCCAACACUCACUCCCCCAGAGCCAUGCCAUCUUCCACACCAUAGUCAAGAGAGAGAGGGCAUUUGUACACCAAGUUUUCCUUGAUUGAUUUAGCUGGGAGGAAGGGAGGAGCUGACAUCUCCACUGCAGACGGGCAAACAAGACUGGAGGGGGCUGAUAUUAAUAAAAGCCUGUUGGCAGUCAAGGAGUGUAUCAGGGCAUUGGGGCACAGCAGAGCCCACACCCCAUUCAGGGCUAGUGAACUCACCCAGGUCCCAAGGGACUCAUCUAGAGGGGAAACCUCCUGUACCUGCAUGAUUGUCACUAUCUCUGUAGGAAUGAGAUCCUGCACCCUUCACACCCCAGGGUACACCAGGCGUGUGAAGGAGCUGGUGAUGAAUUUAAAUUCCCUUGCACAGCCCUAUCAGGAGCAUCCCAGGACAGCUGAGUUACAGCUGCUUGGGGUUCAGGCAGACAAGGAAGUCUUUCCCCCCAUUAUUACUUUCAGUGCUGGGGGGAAAACAGAGAGGAAGAGAAAAGAGGUGGAUGAGAAAACACUUAGAGAGGAGCAUUGGGAAUCUCUGCCGUGGUUGAAAGUAUUCUGAGAAGUAGCUGGGGAAAUAGACUACAGUGUAGGUUUUUACACUGCACAGUUUGAAUACAUUCUGGGUCAAACAACUGGCAUCCUGACCAAGAUCCAAGAAAAUGUCAGAUUAUUCCGGUCAGCUCUUUGGAAGGAAGAACGGGGCAGCAGACAGAGCUGCAGGAAAACAUCCCCGUACGCUUUCCGCGUGCUGUCUGAGCUCGCUCUGGCUGUUGGUCCCAUCCACCAGUUUACGCUGGUUUAA